AUGGUUGAAUUAACUGAAAUCAACGAGGAAGAAAUUCCACAAACUCAAGGGCCACAAGUGGUUUCGACUGAACCAUUAGAUGCUUCAGAAAAGGAUAUUUUUCCUGUUACUAAAAACAAUAAUUUGGAUGAGGAUGAAGACGAGGAAGAUGAUAGUGAAUUUGAUGACGAUUUUGAUGAAAAUGAAACUUUAUUAGAAAGAAUCGUUGCUUUAAAAGAAAUCAUUCCACCGAAACAAAGACAAUAUGUUGUUGAUUCUUACCACUCCACUUUUUCUUUCAUCAGAACUGUCUUCUCUAAAGGUGGAAGUUUAACCUGGGCUUUGACUACGUCUGCCCUAUUAUUAGGUGUUCCUCUAUCGUUAUCUAUACUGAGUGAACAACAAUUGAUUGAAAUGGAGAAGACUUUUGACUUACAAAAGGGUGCUAAUGAUCUACUAGGUCAAAAUGAACAAAAUAGUACUUCCACUACAAAAGCUUGA